AUGCCCAUUUGUUGUUGCCAAAAUGAUGAUGAAAUUGUGGCAGACAAGCGAUCUGAGAAGGAAGAACCACAUUCCGUUCUCCGCCGCUGCCCCCCGCCUGCGUUGAUUCCACAACGCGUAGUGGAGGUGCCGGUGCGGCUGAAUGUGUAUAGUCUUCUCGAGCACAAUCGCACAUUGGGUAAACUCGGCUUGGGUGUCUAUCACUGCGGUGUUGUGGUCUACGGCUAUGAGUGGGGCUACGGUGAAACGAUAGAUCCCUCCACCACGUCUGGUCUUUUUCAUGUAUAUCCCGGACAGGCCGCUGGCGCGUUACACCGCACACUUCUUCUCGGGACCACUACUCUCUCUCCACAGCAGGUGGAUACAAUUCUACAUCGAUUAGAGAAUGAGUGGAGGAGUGAGGAGUAUCAUAUACUGAAUCAUAAUUGUAAUCAUUUUGCCCAGAGAUUCUGUGAUUUGUUAUCCACAACACAAAAACUUAGAAUUCCACAAUGGUGUAAUAGAGCAGCAAGGGUGUGUAAUAGGAUUGUACCAAAACGAUUAGCAUCUUAUGUACAUCGUCUAAUUGAUGAGGAACCUCCAAAGGCACCUCCACCUGCAUCUACAAAAGUGGGUGAAAUUCCAGAAUCGGUUAUUCCACGAAAUUGGUAUUUACACCCUUCACUCUGGCAGGAACCUCGAUAUACAGCCACACCAUCACCUCCACCAACAGAAGAUCGAGAAAAAGAACAAACUUCAUUUGUUCCACAACCAGGAAAUACUCUUAAAGAAGAAGAUGUAUGUAUGAGUGUAGAUUAUGAAAGCUAUAGUGCUGAAAAGGCUGUUUCUGAUAGUACGACUCGAUCUGGUGCGGAGAUGCAUCGUAUUCCAUCUCCUCAUAGUUCUUUUGAGUCUCGCGGUUGUAACUCAUCCGAACCUCCAUUACCAUUACGUCAUGAUGUGGGUGAAGUGCUCUUUUUUGGAUGUGGGAGUGGAAGUUCACCGCGGAAUGGAAAUAAUAAUAAUAAUAAUAAUAAUACUUCUUCUCCAGUGCAUUCUAAUACAAAUGAUGAGUCGCCUACACCUCGUAGAAGCUCUUUACAAGUUGAGAGUUUAGCAUCACAAUUGCCUAGUCAACGUAUUCCAGAUUUAAUUACGGAAGAAGAACAGAAGGAUACAGUGGAGGUGGCCUUUGACGAUAACAACAAGCAAGAUGAAAACGAUAUCGUUGACAGCCAUGAGAUAAAAGAUGUAGUAGAAACCGGUGGAAGUGAAUGUAUGGCUAUUAGUCUUGCCUCAGUUAGCCUCACAUUUGGAGAAGAAAAAGAAGAAGAAGAGGAAUCAGAGGAAGAAGAAGAAUCAGAAGAGGAAGAAGAAAAAGAAGAAGAAAAGAAUGAAAAUAUCUUCAAAGAUGAAAAGCGUACAUGUGUUAUUAAAAAGAAUAAUGAAAGCCCUAUGGAUGUUGGUAUUGUAGAUGGUUCACCAUUACCACUCGUAAAGCAUUCCAUAUUUAAUCUUACUAGUGUGGAAAUACAGCCAUACGAUGGGGAUGAAGAUAAUAAUAAUAAUGAUAGGGACGAGGUGAUGGAUGGCGAACAGUCAAGAGAUGCAUGCAGUAUCACUCUUCCACAUAAUCACACUACAGAAGAAGAAGAAAAAGAUAAAUAUAAAGAAGAAAAAGAAGAAAUAAAAGAAGAAACUGCACCUCACAGAACUAGUAUUUCAAGUGAAAUGGGUAGUAAUAGGAAAAAAUCUUGUGUGACUAAUCUCUUACCGAAACUCUUAUCUCCUGUGGAUCCUACUCAUACAAUACACUCAGAAUUCGAAUUGGCAUUGGACCCGGAAUUACCAUUAGAGGAUAAAACAUUGGAAACAAUCCCUACAUCAAAUACUCUACCGAAAUCUGAGAAUGAGAUGUCUACAACGAAAGAAAUGAAAGUUGAUUGUAGAAAUGGUUUCUCUGCAGAUCUUAUUACGGCUGCGAAUGAAGAGAUUCACGAAACUGCCAACGCCGAUGGAAAUCAAAGAGAAGAAAAGAUUACUCAACUAAUACCAUUGAAUGGGGAUUUGGAAAUGAUGAUGGCAACUUCAGAUGAUGUUUAUAGUGAUCCUGGGGAUACUGGUAAUAUCAGGGGAGUCAUGUCUCCGGAUCUCUUCUCACCUCGUCCUGCUAUUCUCUCACCAACACCAGAGAAGAAUAAGGCAUCUGUGGACGAUUGGGUUGUUAAUCCACUCCAGCAUUUAUACGACAAGAAGAGAAAACACAUGCGUCGAUCGUGGCCAAUGUGA